AUGGAUCAAUCGAACAAUGAAAAUGAAAGUCCACCAGUGCAAAACAAAGAACAGAUAAUCGCAGAAGAUGGUCCCUCGAGGAUGGAAGUUAUCGACUUGUCUGAUGAAGAACAGGAAUUAUCUCUCGCCGAGGAGAGUGUUAUAGAGGAAUGUUUGAAUGAUACUGAGGGCUCUCUGUCUAGUGUUGAUCUUGAUUUCUUUGCACCAACACCCAAACACAAGAGAGUAACAAAAAAACGCUUAAAAGUCUUAGAUAUUGCGCAAGAUUUUGAGGAAGAUUCAUCACUACAAUCUAUCUCAUCCAUAGAAGAUAUAUCUGAUCUUGUUAGUAAUAGUAAUGAAUUACCAGUGUUGAAUGAUUUGAAUAUCAAUCCGACAAGUGAAGAAUUAGAAAAACAAUUGUUAGGAGAUAUGAUGCAGACUACAGCAAAAACAUCUACAAAGGAGAAAGACGCAAAUGAAGUGAGACAACGCAAAAGUUAUGCCAAGGCUUUUAUGACAGUACCUAGAAUCAGUAACUCAUCGUUUCAUACCCCGGUUAUGCCUAUACGGAGAAAAAGAAUAAUGAGGAAACGUAGAAACUCUCCGCCCACAAAGAAAUAUGAUAAGGCUCAUAUUCACAGUUUUUUUUCGGCAAUGGCUGAUCUGGUUGUUAAUUUUCCUUACACCGAAGUAAUAACAGCUGAGCGUAACGUAACCUUGAUUCUUCGUAGUAUGGUGGCAAAAUUACAAGAGUGGCAAAACGACACUUCUCCCAACAAACCUUUUCGAAACGCAAUAAACAAUACAGAUAUACUUGCCAUAGAGCUUAAAUUGUCCAAUCCUCCGUUUCUCCAU